ACCGCCCUGGCAAAGAGCAGACGCCGUACAGAGAGGGCACAAGCCCUCACGCACCAUCAUGUGACCACCGAAGCGCCGACCAAAACACAAACCCUCUUCAAAUUCAUGAGUCUCCCAAGAUUACAUGAUUAAGAAUAUUUAUUGUACUAUAAUAACGAAUCUAGUCGCCACAGCACUUUUUAACACGAAGCAACUUUAGACUGUAUUUUAAAAGGGUAAAGUCGAUAAUAGAAAUAUUGUCGAACUAGUACAAAGAUUAAGGAGUUGAGAGAGUACAAAAGGAACACUAACGUCGAUUUAGAAGUAAAUUGAACAUCUUAGAAGUUCCUGCACACAAGAGCCAAAAUGUCUACGAGUUUCGAGCACUCAGCCAUGAAGAGCAGCUUCUCGCUGUCGUCGCUGGGGACUGCGCCGGCGCCCCCUGGCGGCCGCUGCGACCAACUGGAGCGGCCGUACCACAGCCUCACUAAAAAGAGAAAGGAGCCAUGCCGCGAAGCUUGGCGCCGUAGCUGGGGCUCCGCAGCGAGCGGCGGCAGCGCUGGAGACGAUCUGUGGCCGUUACUGCAGCACCACUACGACUACAUCAUGGACAACCAGAUCAUCGACACCUGCAAGGAAGCAAACGGCGAAUUGCUAUCACACAAUUCGUCAGCUUUGCACCACGGGCCGCGGCUGCUGAACCCGACCUCGGGGUUCAACCGGCAGUGGUCGCUGUCGCAGCUGCUCGCGGAGUUCGGCGAGCUGUGCCAGUGGCUCACGCACGUGCAGGAGGAGAUCUACUCUAGUCCCGAGAACCUGUCCAGCAGGAAGCUCAGAAUGAGUCGGAUGUCGGAGUUGGUGUCAGUAGAGCCCCGACGAGCUAAGUUCAUGGAGCAAGCCACCGCCAUCUUGGAAAGGAUACCAGAAGCAAGCGCGGAGGUAACAUGGCGCAUGGAACAUCUGAACGUGAAGUGGGAGGGUCUCCGCCUGCUGCUCAGUCCUGAACAGCAGCAUAGGGACGGAGAUGGCUCCGACACUGUUGAUACAGCACACGAGCUGCGUUGCCUUCGCCGCUGGUUACACGGCAUGGAGGGUCGUCUACCACCGCCGUCGCUCGCCGCCGCCCGCGCGGCGCCCUACCACGAGUUGCUGAGGAAGCUGAGCGAGCAUCAGGUCAGUGCAAAAAUCUUCUUUUUCCUCGGUCCCUGA